AGUGCCCUCCACGGACCUCCAAUCGGAAGCGUCAGGCUUCUCCUUGGCCAGCUCGGGUCCUCAGCCGCGCGAGGACCCCGUCCCGCCCCCGCGCCGAGGCUACCCCUCGGCCAGCUGACUGCCUCUCGUCUCCUUCGGUGUCUCCGCGAUGCCGCUCUACGAGGGCCUCGGGAGCGGCGGCGAGAAGACGGCGGUCGUCAUCGACCUGGGAGAAGCCUUCACCAAGUGUGGGUUUGCGGGAGAAACUGGUCCACGAUGUAUAAUUCCUAGUGUGAUAAAAAGAGCUGGCAUGUCUAAGCCAAUCAAAGUUGUUCAGUAUAAUAUCAAUACAGAAGAAUUAUAUUCCUACUUAAAGGAAUUCAUCCACAUACUGUAUUUCAGGCAUCUGUUGGUGAAUCCCAGAGACCGCCGGGUUGUGGUUAUUGAGUCGGUAUUAUGUCCUUCCCACUUCAGAGAGACACUUACUCGUGUUCUUUUCAAAUAUUUUGAGGUUCCCUCUGUUUUACUUGCUCCAAGUCAUCUGAUGGCUCUCCUGACACUUGGGAUUAAUUCUGCGAUGGUCCUGGAUUGUGGAUACAGGGAAAGCCUGGUGUUGCCUAUCUAUGAAGGCAUCCCAGUGCUGAACUGCUGGGGGGCACUCCCCUUAGGAGGAAAAGCCCUUCACAAGGAGUUGGAAACUCAGCUGUUGGAACAAUGUACUGUUGACACUGGUGCUGCUAAAGGACAGAGCCUCCCCUCAGUGAUGGGUUCAGUUCCAGAAAGUGUCUUAGAGGAUAUUAAAGUGCGUACGUGCUUUGUAAGUGAUCUGAAGCGCGGACUACAAAUCCAAGCAGCAAAGUUUAAUAUUGAUGGGAACACUGAGCGUCCCUCUCCACCCCCAAAUGUUGACUACCCAUUGGAUGGAGAGAAGAUUCUACAUGUGCUGGGAUCAAUCAGAGAUUCAGUUGUGGAAAUUCUUUUUGAACAAGAUAAUGAGGAGAAAUCAGUUGCCACCUUAAUACUGGAUUCCCUUUUGCAGUGCCCAAUAGACACCAGGAAGCAACUGGCAGAGAAUUUGGUAAUCAUAGGUGGCACAUCUAUGUUGCCAGGAUUUCUCCACAGAUUGCUUGCAGAAAUACGAUAUUUGGUAGAAAGACCAAAAUAUAAAAAGACACUUGGCACCAAGACCUUCCGAAUUCAUACUCCACCUGCAAAGGCUAAUUGUGUGGCCUGGCUGGGAGGGGCUGUUUUUGGAGCAUUGCAAGAUAUUCUUGGGAGCCGAUCCGUUUCAAAGGAAUAUUAUAAUCAGACGGGCCGCAUCCCUGACUGGUGCUCUCUCAACAACCCACCUUUGGAAAUGAUGUUUGAUGUUGGGAAGACGCAGCCACCGCUGAUGAAGAGAGCAUUUUCCACCGAGAAAUAAAAGUCUGAAUAAAUUCAGCCUUGCUUUAUUUCUAAUAAUUAGUAAUAAACUGUACAAAGUAUGUAGGAUGCUUUAAUAUAUAUAUAUAUAUGUGACUUUUAUGUAACAAAGCAUUUCUGUGUUUUCUCUUUGCACUAAUAUUGAUCUCAUUUUGUCCCUUGUGUAAUAUGGUAAAAUAGUGGAUGCCUGUGGUAUGUUGUAUUUAUAUCAAUAAACACAGUUAAGCUGUU